AUGGCUACUGGUUUGAUUGGAUUUGCGACCGCUACUAGCGUCGCGCUCAUCUUCAUUUCUGUUGCAUCUCUGGGAUAUGUUGUCCACGAUAUGAACAACUUCUACGAUAUUUCUAUGGAGAAACUGGAAGAAUUCAAGGACUUUGCUGAUGAAACAUGGACAAAAAUGAUUGACAUCAACUCGCCAGCCAGGAUACCCCGAGAGAUAUUGGUCGCCGCCUCUUCUCGCUUCCCAACUGAAGACUCCCCUCCUAUAGCACCGUUUCCUCCGGCAGCGCUUCCUCAUAAAGGCAACUGCAACUGUGGAGCCCAGCCCAACACGUGUCCUUCAGGACCGCCAGGGCCUCCUGGACAGCCUGGUGAAGCUGGUAUAAGUGGCGAGCAUGGACAGGAUGGUUUACCCGGCACUGACUACAUCGGCUACUCCAAAAAAGGCAACUACAAGAAAGAAUGCAUACCGUGCCCUCAUGGGCCUGCAGGACCGCCAGGACCCGAUGGACCUUCCGGUCUGACCGGUCUCGAAGGACGACCCGGCAUUCCAGGUCAAGGCGGAAAACACGGCCAACCAGGCUCACAGGGACCGCCCGGAAACGGAGGCCAACCUGGUCAGUCAGGAACGUCCGGACAUCCCGGCCAGCCCGGCCUGAAUGGCAGAAGAGGACGGGGUAAGCCUGGAGCUCCAGGACAUCAAGGACCUCAAGGACAAACUGGUAAUAACGGACCAAAUGGAGCGGCUGGUAAUCCUGGUGCACACGGACAACAAGGGCACCCGGGAGCAGCUGGGAAAUCUGGGGCGCCCGGCGAGAAUGGUACUACUGGUAACCCAGGAGGUCCGGGAGUUCCAGGAGGUGAUGCAUCAUACUGUCCUUGCCCGCAGAGAGGAGGACAAUAUCCUGUUGAGGCUUCAGUAGCAAGGACCGUCGAACAAAGCUACAGACAUAGAGUAUUUAAUUAA